GCCGCCCAGAGAACGUAAGAGAAGCCAUACACCGAGGCUCCUCGCCCGCCCCAUCCAUGGCCGCGCCGCCGCUCCUCCUCCUGGGGGCCCUGCUGGGGGUGCCCUUCUCCGAGGCCUCCACCGCCCCGCAGGUGACCGCCAGCGUUGCCCCGACGGAGGCGGUGACUUUGGGGGUGCUGCUGCCGGGGCGCAACCUGCGCUACCCCUGGGCCUGGCCGCGCGUGCAACCCGCCCUGAGCCUGGCCCUGGAGGCCCAGCUGCGCCCCCUAGGCCUCGACGUGCGCACCGCCUUCGCCUCCACCGAGAACCAGGAGGGCCAAUGCGACUCCCGAGCGGCCUUCUUCAAGGCCACGGACCUGAAGCGCUCCCAAGCCCCCGACGUGCUGCUGGGGCCGGGCUGCUUCCGCCUACACGUCGUCGUGGAGUCCUUUGCCAAGUUCUCGCAGCUGCCGCUCCUCAGAGCCGGGGUCUACCUGCGGCGCCAAGAUUUCAGCGCGUCGGUCUACGCCGGCCCUGCGGGGCCCAACCUCCUCGAUUUCCAGGCCCAGCUGCUCCGCCACUUCCACUGGACCUCCCGCGCCCUCCUGCUCGCCAGCCGGCAGGUCGAUUACUGGCAGUACCCCGUGUGGGGCUUUGGGAAGCAGCUGGCAGCCACCAUCCCCAACAUCCGCGCCCGCGCUUACGUGUAUCAUCAGCCCGACGAGAAGGCGGUCCAGUUCAUCCAGGACAACAGAGUGGUCUUCAUCCUGGGGCCCCUGAAGAUGUUGCAGGAGAUCAUGCGCCUGGCCCAAGCUCAGAACAUGACCAGCGGUGACUACGUCUUCAUCUACCUGGACUUUCUGGGGGAAAGCCUGAGCGCCGAGGGGCAUCGCGAGGCAGCCAAGCCCUGGCAGAGCAAGGAGUGCCCAGAUUUGGGAGACCUCCGAGAGGCCUUCCGGACGGUGCUGAUGGUCACCCCCCAUGUGCCCCAAACCCCUGAAUACCGGCGUUUCCAGAGCCAGCUGAUCCAGCGUGCCCAGAGAGACUUUGGUGUGGCUGUGAAUGACUCACUGGGGACGCUGGUGGCCGGCUGCUUCCACGACGUGCUGCUGCUGUAUCUCGGGGCCCUGAAUGAGACGCUGCAGGAAGGCGGAACCAAGCGGAACACCAGCCGCAUCCUGGAGAAGAUGAGGGGCCUGAAAAUCCAGGGCGUCACUGGGACGGUGAGCCUCAACAGCAACAAUGACCGAGAGACAGAUUUCGACCUGCAGGCCAUGAGAGAUGUGGAGAGCGGAGAAUUCCAGGUGGUGGCUCAUUACGUGGGAGCAGACAAGCAGAUCGAGUGGCUGGGGCCCAUCCACUGGAAGAAGGGGAGCCCUCCUCUCGACAACCCGCCCGGUGUCUUCGACAUGGAUGACCCCUCCUGUGGUAAAGGUGGGGGGUAAAGGCUGAUGCUAUUGAGAUAAGCUUACCCCUAAGAACCGAAUGAAUCCUUGUGAAGCAUCACAAUUUAAAUUGAAACCCAGAUAUUCUUGAAUGCUGUUGUUUAUGUCUUCACAAAUAUUUUCCUUUGAAAAUAAAAAUUUAAUUGAUGUCCAAGGGGGUCCUUUGCCCUCUGAAGUCUGAGAAAGUAGACUACAUGUUACGCACGAAUGAUCAGAGAUUGUUUUGGAUCCUGUGUCAGAUGUUACUGUACUGCGUAAUACAGAUUUUGUUGUCCAAAAGGAAA